ACAAGGAAGCAUCUUCAGCUCCUAAAAACAAUGGCUUCACACAGAUCCCCAAACCAUUCUUCUUCUUCUUCUUCUCUUCUUCUUCCCAAAAUUUAUUAUCCAAUGGCCGACCAAAUUUCUUGGUGGUUGAAUCCCCUCAUAAAUGCUCUUUCAAAAACCCAAUAGAGAGACCAAAAAAAAAAAAAAACAAAAAAGAGAAACAGGAUUAAUUCUCAUUCUCUAUAUAAAUAGAGGUCCCUCCUCUUGCCCUUUUUCCAACUGUGGGGCUGACUUCAAAAGCUUGGAACAUAAUUGAAGGAGGACAAAAGGGUAUAUUGGAAAAAGAAAGAAAGAAAGAUGAGCAGAAGGAGGAGCAGUGGAGGAGUUGCAGAGGGAGAGGGGAAGAAGAAGAAAGUUUCAUGGAGAUCAUCAAGAUCAUCCCUUGGGGGUUAUAUUAGGGAGCAAAAAGGAAAGCUUUACAUUAUCCGAAGCUGUAUUGUAAUGCUUCUCUGUUGGCACGAUUGAGUCCUCGACGUACCCCCGAUCGAUCUGCUGAAUUCUCUGUUAUGAUAACGGACCUCUUGUCUCUACAAAAGGAGAUAUUUUUCCCUCUUCUCUAGUUAAUGUGAGACGUCGUUUGUAUUCUUGACAUGCUCAGAGAGAUCGGUGAUCGACAGUGACGGUAACUUUGUGUUUCUUGUAGCUUCAUUAAUUAGUUUAGUUUCUUUUUCUUUGUUUUGCCAUCUUCAAAUGUAAAUAGUAGACAGAAAAAUGGCUCGUUGUUCUAGCUUCUAGUUUAAGUUGAAUGUGGGUUUUGAAUAUUAAAUUUUAGUUUUAGUUUUAGCAUUGAA